AAACUGAAACUCUUCUGUUUGGACCACCAGGAGUUUGUGUGCCUCAUUUGCAGAAACGCAUAAAUCAACACGAGCCACAAGUUACAACCCCUCAGUGAAGCUGCACGAGACCACAGAGAGAAACUCCAGAAAGGCCUGCAGGACAUGAAGAGAAAAAUGAAAGAUUAUUAUGAGAUUAGAGACAACUGCUACGAACAAGCAGAGUACAUCAAGGUCCAGAGGGACCAGGUUGAAAGCAAGAUUAAAAAGGAUUUCGAGGUGCUUCGUUGCUUCCUGCAGCUUGAGGAGAAGGAAGAACAGAUGAAGAGUCAGAUGAAGAGUCAGAUGAUGAAGGAGAAGAUUGAGGCUCUCGACAGAAACAUUGACACUAUCUCAGAUGUGAUCCGAACCACAGAGGAGCAGCUGAUGUCUGACCAGGUUUCCUUCACGAAGAAAUACCAGGUUGCGAUGACCAGAAUCCAAGAACUUCCCAAGCCCAGGCUGCUCCCAGGAGCUGUGCUGGAUGAAGCCAAACACGUGGGCAACCUCAAGCUCACCGUGUGGGAACGAAUGAAGGAGAUGGUCUCCUGCAGUCCCGCGAUUCUGGACCCAAAUACAGCCGUUCCAGAACUCAGCCUGUCUGAAGAUCUGACCAGUGUGAGUUUUAAAAUAGGAGCGCAGCGUCCAAAGAAUCCAGAGAGGUCAAGCUUGGAAAAUGUGCUCGGUUCUGCUUUGGACUCGGGAACACACAUGUGGGAUGUUGAGGUGGGAGACAACACAGAGUGGGAACUGGGGUGGCGUGGGGGAACUUUUACUGGCCAGAUUCCUGGUUGA